AUGAGUGACCCAUGUCCAUUCGAUGGUCUGACCACGCGCACAGAUGACCCACACGGCUCGUUCGCUUCCCGCAAAUGGCGCCGAUUGCUAAUUUUCGACGUCUACAAUUCAUUGAACACAAUACUAUCUCUCUAUCUCCCCCUCUCUCUGUCUGUCUAUCUAUCUAUCUAUCUAUCUAAAUAUGUUCAUAUCUAUCUCAGUCUGUUCGUAUCUAUGUAUCUAUCUCAUUCUCUUCAUAUCUAUCUAUCUAUCUAUCUAUCUAUCUAUCUCAUUCUGUUUAUAUCUAUCUAUCUCAUUCGGUUUAUAUCUAUCUAUCUAUCUAUCUAUCUCAUUCUGUUUCUAUCUAUCUAUCUCAUUCUGUUUAUAUCUAUCUAUCUAUCUAUCUAUCUAUCUAUCUCAUUCUGUUUCUAUCUAUCUAUCUCAUUCUGUUUAUAUCUAUCUAUCUAUCUAUCUAUCUAUCUAUCUAUCUAUCUCAUUCUGUCUUCUCAUUCUGUUUAUCUAUCUAUCUAUCUCAUUCAUUCAUUCUAUCUCAUUCUGUUUCUAUCUAUCUAUCUAUCUAUCUAUCUCAUUCUGUUUCUAUCUAUCUAUCUAUCUAUCUAUCUCAUUCUGUUUCUAUCUAUCUAUCUAUCUAUCUAUCUAUCUAUCUAUCUAUCUCAUUAUCUAUCUCAUUCUGUUCAUAUCUAUCUAUCUAUCUAUCUCAUUCUGUUCAUAUCUAUCUAUAUAUCUAUCUUAAAAUAUUUAAAAUAUGACAUAGAAUUCCCGUCAACUAAACCAACGAGGAGCGAAGAGGUUUAUCUUGAAACUGAGUUUAAAAAGAGAACGAACGAAUUCGGUAAAAUAGAAAAAACAAGCAAACAAACAAAAAGUUUAUAA